GUUAUUUUGUUCUUAACAGGAAAUUUUGAUGAUUAGUUCAACCCAUGAUUAAAUAUAUGUGACUUAUUUGUACAUCAAUGUACUAGCUGUAGUACAAGAAGGUUUCAUUUAUAAUAUAGCGUUUUGAUAUAUAAUCAAUUUUACAAUUUAGUCAUUUAUCAUUUGGAUCGUGAUACAUUUUUUCACUGUUCAAGACUUUUGCAAUCAUUUUUGAUAAUAAAACUUUAGCUCCGGUUCAAAACAUGUAUUCAUUCGCUAGCAAAAUAUAUAAUAGUGUAGUUGGAAGUUCCGAAGAACAAAUUAUCGAGGAAAGUACAGAACAAGAAAUUACUAAAAAUACAAAAACCACAAACCAAACUAUAGAAGAAACCUCCCAAGCUGGACAAACGACCGUAAAAGUUUCGUUGACGACGGAAGAGAAUUUAAGUACCGCAAAUGUUACCAAAGAAUUUACAGUUCCACUUUCUGUGCCGAAAAUGCAAGUGUCUGAUUUUAAUGGUAUAAUAUCCGAUGUUGCUCCAACGUUCCCAAGUAUUGACAGUCCACAACGUUCCAAAAAACGAACACCUCUGGAGAAAGCAAACAAACUACGACAAAAGAUUGCUUUGGAACCCGGUCAUUCCCCAUUAGAUUGGGCAAAAUUAACCAGUAGUGGAGCUAACCUUAGGGGAGUUUCAGAAAUAAGAAAGUACCCCAUUGAAGAAGUUAGACUUCAUAAGACUAAAGAUGAUGCAUGGACAGUAUUUAAUGGCAAAAUUUAUAACAUUACUCCAUAUCUCAAAUUUCACCCUGGAGGUGAAAAAGAGUUAAUGAGAUCUGCUGGUAAAGAUGGGACCAAAUUAUUUAUGACAACACACGCAUGGGUAAAUUAUGAGUUCAUGUUGGAAAAAUGUUUUGUCGGUUUUCUAGUUGGAGAACAGCAUAAUUUAUUAACUUAAAUAACUUAAAUAUAAAUUGGACAUUAUUAAUCCACCAAUAAUAUAAAUAAUAUAAAAACUAAUUUUUCUAAUUUAUUAAUAUUCACUUAAUAAAAGAUUACUACUUCACAAUUUUCCUUGUUCGCUUAAUUCUUGUUUCUCUUUAUCACUAAGUGACCAGAAUUCACUAAUUUUGUGAUGAUACCAAUUUCGUAU